AUGAGGCUUCCCGUGAUCCCUGACGCGGCCUUGGAUCAGCAGCGCAAGAUUGAAAAAAUGUUGGCUGGUGCUGGUGGGGAGCUGCGCUUGGGGACGGUCGAGCAACUUCUAAACACACAGCUUCACAAGCAGGCACUUACCGGUUUCGCAAUUUCCCCGUCAGCAGAUGGAGACCGUCUGAAAGAUCUUGUGCGACUUACUGCGAAGCAGGCAUGCCAUUUGCUUGAAGGGCCCAGCUUACAGAUGGCAUAUCUGGAGGACCGCUAUUUCGCACUUGGUGACGCGGUCUUGCAAGCUGGCCUCGACUUCGACAACGAGGAAAAGUUUCGGAACACCUUCGAAGACUUCUUGGCAAAAAGAGAGGAGCUGAGGAUGGCAGCACAGAGGAACUCCUUCAUACCUUACGUGCCGCGAACUCGGGCUGCCAAGAGGAGCAGAAAGGAUCUUCCACCUAUGACGCAGUUUGAGAAGAACCUCCUGCAAGACAUUCAGCGAGUACUGAAGGCUCGGCACGCAAGUCAAAGCUGGAUCUCACUGUCGGAGUUGCUCGAGGAUCCAGUCAUUCGGAGGGCACGGUGCAAGCUUCCCCGAGGGCUGGCCUUGUGGGAGUGGCUGUCUUUGCGUUGUGGUGACCGCGGUGGUGACGGUGCUGAGAUCACCAUGGUCAAUGAGAGAUCCGACAUGCUGUUGCAGAUGGUCACGGCGAGUGGCCCAGCAGAUGGACUCCACAUGACAUUGGAAGAAAGAAAGCAGGAGGUACGGCCUGCCGAGAUUGCCAUGAAGAGCAACGACUUGCUUGUAGCAUACGGUCCCAUCUCGCACAGUUGCAGCGAAACUUCCCCGAUGGAGGAGGUGUCCCUGCCCAGAAGAUUCGAUCCUAGGUGCCCCAUGUGCAACCUUAUCAUCCUGUAUCUUUUUGGUAUCGUCUUGGAAGGCACUGAGCCGGAUGAAGUCUUUGCUCGGGCUGACGGACCGCAGAUGGUUCAGCUGCGACCAGCUGCUGAGGUCCUUGGCAAGGAAGGCGCCCAUGGCAGAGCUUCAUCGGCACAGGAGACCAAGGAAUCGGAGAAGUCAAAGUCAGACAAGCUUGCAGCCAAAGCUCAGCUUCCUUGCAUCAACUUGACAGCAGCUGCUGUGACGCGACAUCCGACAGGGGUUGCCCUCAUAAGCCCUGGCCUUGAGCCAAUUCGGGCACGUUCAAGGCGGGACGGCGGGACAGGCACAUCCAAAUGGAGGGGCCACGGAGGAUCCGAAGAGAUCGCAGUGGCCACGGAGAGCGCGACUUCACCGCUGCUGGCUCCACUCAAAGUUGCAAGUCUUGGCAUGGGCCUGCUGAAGCCCAUUUUCGCCGCCGAAGCUAAACUUCAGGCUCUGGGCUAUGACGAGGAAGAGAUCCGAGCCAAGAUCUCGGAGGAUGUGAAGUCUGCCCCGGUCGUGGUCUACACCUACGGCCUCUCACCCUUCUGCACAGAAGCAACGAAGCUCCUGGAUUCACUGGGGGCUCAGUACAAAGAAAUCCAACUGGCACCCGAAUGGUUCCUCAUGCUGGGAGAGAGUGCAGCCAAACGCGCAGAGCUGGGUGCCAUGUAUGGAAGAACGAGCAUGCCACACAUUUUCAUCGGCGGCGAGAGUGUUGGCGGCCUGAUGGAAGGACCUGGGCUGGUUCCACUUUACGAGUCGGGUGAGCUGACGGCCAAGUUGCAAGCUGCUGGUGCCCUUCCGAGCGAGGUCGUUGGUGCGACGGCGAACCACUCCCUCUUCCUUGCCAUCCACGAACUGGCUCACAACCUUGGCGCCUCUACGAUAUGGGGUAACAAGCUGAUCUCUCUCGUGGCCAAUCUGCCCAUUGCCAUUCCCUACGCCAUCAACUUCAAGCCGUAUCAUAUGGAGCACCACCGGUACCAGGGCCAGGAUGGGGUGGACACUGAUAUACCGACCCGAUUGGAAGGGUGGUUCCUCACCGACACUUCGACUUGCUAUCUUGAUCGAACAUGCCGCAAGGCGGUCUUCAUGUUCUUGCAGAUCUUCUUUUACGCGCUUCGCCCGACCUUCGUAAAACCGUCCCUUGUUGUGGGAGACGUGUGGAUGGUAGUCAACUACAUCGUUCAGUUUUCGUUCGACGGCUUGAUGGUGUACCUCUUCGGUCCGAAGGUAAUGAUUUGGUUUUUGGGCUCCAGUUUCCUUGCAGGGUCGAUUCAUCCGACGGCUGGCCAUUUUAUCGCAGAGCACUACGUGAUGGAAGGCGAGACGGAGACAUAUUCCUACUACGGGCCUUUGAACAUGUUGACGUACAAUGUCGGCUACCACAACGAGCAUCACGACUUCCCCAAUGUUGCGUGGGGCAACCUUCCCAAGGUUCGUGACAUGGCGCCGGAAUUCUAUGACAAUCUUCCGAGAUGUAAUUCUUGGUUGGGCACACUACUCAGAUACAUCUUCGAUGACACAAUCUCGCCGUACAGCCGGGUCAAACGAGACGUCAAAAAGAAAGCGUCCACGACUUACCUCCGGAAAAUUUUCGGUGUUAAGAAAGACUUAGCAGACGCUGAGCCUGCAGUGUGGAACAUAAUGCACUUCAGUGAAGAAAGAUGGCUGCAUCUCAGCUGGAAGUUCGCGUUGAAUCAGACGAAGAGGUCUUGUGUGAAGUACCGUAGCUGUUGCGCAGACACUUCGCAAGCAUGGACUGUUGCAGAUUUCUGGGAAGAGGAUGGCGAAGGUUGUAGCGUGCGAGCGGCUCGCUUCGGCCUUAGGCAGCGCCAAGGGGUGUGGAUGUGCACGGACGUGGGUAGUCACUUGUCUUGCCUGCAGAACAUCGAUGCAGAUCGAUAUGCCCACAACGACAUUGUGAUGUCAUUCUUGGAUGCAGAGACAACGCAAGGUCUACAUCGGUCACCUCUAGGAGUGCUUGCCAGAGUUGCAGUGCUAACGGGAGAUGCAUAUAGACAAAGGCAAAAGGCGAGAAGGUUCCGCAAAAGGUACCGGAUCCCGGACCCGGAGCGCAUCGCCAUUAAAUCCAAUCCUGACAUCCAGAGCAUUGGAAACCAGCCGGGCCCGGUUCUGUCUGGUGAUUGCCUGCCGGAAAGGCGCUUUAAGCUUGGGCCAGCCAUGAAAUGCCAGCAACAAUUGCCAGAUCGAGUUCCAGUAACUGUUGAAGGAUGGAGAAGGGUACAAGACCAAUUCUUCAAAGGUUGGCCGCCAUUGCCGGAUGGGUGGAUACGCGUGAUCUCCCGAUCAACAGGGAAGGUCUUCUUCGUCGACCAGCACGGUGGCGGAGUUGGACAAAUGGAACUUCCACAGGACAUCUUUGGAGCCUGA